UUUCCCUGUUUCCUCUUUACUGUAUGGUUACAGUGUAUCAAAGAGGUGUAGCUAGCUGGACCCAAAGUGUCCAGUUUCGUUAGAGACAGUCAAAUCUAAGGGAUUGAAGCGAAGGAGGAUAUGGCAAAAACAUAUGAUUAUCUUUUUAAACUGUUACUAAUUGGAGACAGUGGAGUUGGAAAGACAUGUCUCCUGUUUCGAUUCAGCGAAGAUGCAUUCAACACUACCUUCAUAUCAACAAUAGGUAUUGACUUCAAAAUCAGGACAAUUGAGUUGGAUGGGAAAAAAAUCAAGCUUCAGAUAUGGGACACAGCUGGCCAGGAGAGGUUCAGGACCAUCACAACAGCCUAUUACAGAGGAGCAAUGGGCAUAAUGCUGGUGUAUGACAUCACCAAUGAGAAGUCAUUCGAGAACAUCAAGAAUUGGAUCCGGAACAUAGAGGAGCAUGCUUCUUCAGAUGUGGAGAGAAUGAUUCUGGGGAACAAAUGUGACAUGAAUGACAAGAGACAGGUGUCCAAAGAGAGAGGAGAGAAGUUGGCAAUUGACUAUGGGAUCAAGUUUUUAGAAACCAGUGCAAAAUCCAGCAUAAAUGUGGAAGAGGCCUUUUUUACCCUCGGCAGAGACAUAAUGACAAGACUCAACAGAAAAAUGAAUGACACAAAUCCUUCAGGAGGGGGUGGACCCGUUAAGAUCACAGAGAACCGGUCUAAGAAGAGCAGCUUCUUUAGGUGUUUGCUACUCUAGUUGCACCACCUCCACAGACUAUCACUGCCUCCACCUGCUCCUCCUCUUUUACACACACACACACACACACACACACAUAUAUACAUGAGCACAUAAACACAAGCUCAGUUGGCCUGGGCAGGGCUGAUCCUGGUUGCUGCUCUUCUGUUGCUGCUGAGAAGCUGAAUGUUUUGCAGCCCCCACACUGUCUCUUAUUGAGAAAAUAUACAACAACAAGUAAAGAAAAGGAAUGCUCAUCAUCAUUUACUCUGUUCCCCCUCCCCAUGUUCAAUCCACCCUUCCAUAGACUUAGCAGUUGUUCCCCUCUCCACCAGACGGCCUGUGUGUGACAUCCUCAAGCUCCUCCUCCAUGUCCCCUUCCACUAUUUUCGAAUGCCCAUUUUGACUACCCAUUUGGGAUACCCAUUCGGACUACCCAUUUGGGAUACCCAUAAAGUUGCUAAAGCUGCCUCCCCUACUUAACUUUUUGCACAGUGCAAUUUUUUUUUAUGGUGAAGAUUGGCCUCAGAGGGUCGGUCAAGUUGCUUUAUAUUUCAUCUGCCUGCCUCUGAAGAGGAAAAUCACAAAUCAUGACUGAAGAAUGCCUGUGGGAAAAAAACUUUGCAGCAUGACUUGAUAGGAAGAAAAAGUCCCUUUUUAAUUGACCAAAGCUGAUUGCAUCUCAUGGUGUUGAACACUGUUUUUGACAUGCAUUGUACAUCUAUCCUUGCAUUGAUAAUUUUUUAACAUCAUUGUGUAGUCCCUGGAUGCGUGGAAUGUUUUAUAGAGAGCGUCCACAUUUCGGAGGGAAUUGGUGUGGGGCAGAAACUGAUUUUUUACCACUUCUGACAAUAUAGUGAGGGUUAAAAGAGGUUAUUUUGCACUUUGACUAAGGUUUCACGUCGUUCUGACUGUAGGAUCAUUAUUGCUACCUUUUCCCCUCAAUCACUGCACUGUAUUAGGACAGGCUCUAUAUUACACUGUAGAACAAAUAUGUUUAUUUCCAUAAUGUGCAAUACUACAUAGAAAGUCUUCCCUGGCCACAGCCCUCUGUAUUGAAGACUGAUUAGACUGUAAAUCUUUGACCAAAGCCAAUGUCUAUUAAACACCUGUGAUUUCAGAGUUUGACGUAGCGAUAUCCAAUACUUAAGUGUCUUUAAAAGCCUUGAAUGUUUUUGUGUUGGAUCUUCAGCAUUCCAUUCACUGAAAAUGGCCUUGCUAAAAGGGUUGAGUACUGUUUUUGAGUCAACAGUCCUGAAACAAAAAACAAUAACUUUUGUAGCAGAUAUUGAAGGAGCAACGUAUGUAAUCCUCUGUAGUGAACUGUUAUGUGUUUAAUGCAACAUUUAUUAUCUUAACUAUGGUCUUAUAUUUUUUUUUUGUAUUCUGUAAAACAUUGGACUCACAUGUUACUCUUAAAGUAUUGUGAACCAUAGGAAAACCACUUAAUGCAUGCUUAUAUUUGCGCAUUGAUUGCAGAAAUAAGUUGGUGAGAUUUUUAUACUUUUCCUAUUAUGAUAGUAUUUGAUCACUCUUAAAAAAAAAAUAUUCUAUUCCUUUUAAAAAUUAGUGUUAAACAAUUGUUUACAAAACCACUGCAGCAGUAUUACGUUAUCUUUGUGCUGUGUGUAUGUCAGUGUGUAUGUUGUGUCUGAUACAAGGUGCUUUUUACAAAUGCAGAUUACGUGUCCAUUGCUAGUUAUCAAGGAUAGUUAAUGGUUAUGUGUAGAUCACCCCUUAAUGUCAAGAUUGUAUUGACAUAAGAAAGCACUCAUUUAAUUUUUUAACAUACAAUCACAUUUAUGUGACUUAAAGUUCAUGAUUGUAAUUAUUCUAUCAUGUAAAACCUUUUUCAAAACUUUCUGAAGUUUUCUUUUAAAAUGAUGACUAUUCAUACUGCUAUCAGUCAUCAUUCCCUUUUUUAUCAUACAUGUGCCUCAGAGUUGUACUGAGGAUUUUAAUAUCCUACGUUUUACAGAUUUAGAUAUAAUAGAUUCAAGUUCAAAUCAGUGGAUUGUCUUACAGUUGGAAAAAUACUGUCAAGUUAUUUCUACACAUUUUCAGAUUGUGUGUUUUGACACUGCUGAAAUGUUUUAUUGAAGGAUAUUUGAAAGCUUGAGUUACAUGGACCUAUGUGUUUAUUAUCAUUAGACCUGUUCUCGUCAUGCAGUGAUAAAAAACAAACAUUUAUCAUUUCGGGACCAUGAAAUAACAUUUGCAAAUGAAAAACACAUACAGAAAUAUGAAGAAUUUCUAGAACAGUGUAACAAUGAAAGUUAAUCAGUGCUUUGAUACCCUUACAGUCAAAUCUGAAAGACACAUUCAAGCUAGCUCAUUCCUCAUCUGCAUACUUGUACGGAGCUUUUAACUUGUCUUCCUUGACCAUUUGCCCACUCUGUAACAUAUCAAUCUAAUUGCAGUGUGAACUGACAUUGUAUAAAGAAUAAAUAACUUUGUUUUUAUUCAU